GCCCCUUGUGUAGCGGGCUACUAUAGUCGUCUCUGAACUCUGAAGUCUGACCAACAAAUAACUUGCCUUAAAAGUGAUUUACUUCGCAACUAUGGGUGCUCGCUGCUUUAGUCCCUGUCCCUUCAUCUUUGAUUCAAGUCAAUCGUUGAUCCAACUCCGUUCAUCUUUCCGCCUAUCUUCCCCCUCUCCAUAUCUCUCGCUCUCCUCCUCCGCAGCCUUGUACCACCGCGGAAGUAGCUCGCCCGGUCGACUGUCCCUUCCAACCGGCCCGGCUACCCUAAAUCUCCGCGACCCAAGUCGCCGGCCAAUCGGAACUCACGGCCCCGUUCGAAAGCUGCUGCAAACUAGUACCAGAGCAUUCCAUUUCGAUGCUUUUCAGAAUUACUGUGAUCUUGUUGAUUGGGUUGCUGACAUCGGCGGCGUAUCAGGCCUUCCGCCCUCCGCCUCCCAAGAUUUGCGGAACUCCAGGCGGCCCUCCGGUGACGGCGCCACGGAUAAAGCUAAGGGAUGGACGGCAUUUGGCCUACAAGGAACAUGGGCUUCCCAAAGACGUUGCCAAGCAUAAGAUUGUAUUUGUUCAUGGCUUUACUUCCUGUAGGCUUGAUCCAAUGAUUGUCACCAACCUUACUCCGGAAGUGAUUGAAGAGUUAGGGGUUUAUGUUGUGACAUUUGACCGGCCCGGUUAUGGAGAAAGUGACCCGGAUCCGAAUCGAACACCGAAGAGUCUGGCUCUUGACAUAGAGGAGCUUGCUGAUGGUUUAGGGCUGGGUUCCAGAUUCUAUGUGAUGGGUAAAUCUAUGGGAGGCCAGGUUGUUUGGGGAUGCCUUAAGUACAUUCCUCAGAGGUCAUUAUUUUGGAAUUCUUGUAGGUUAGCUGGAGCGGCUUUGAUAGCUCCAGUUAUCAAUUACUGGUGGCCUGGUUUCCCUGCUGACCUAUGCAAAGAAGCCUACAACUUACAGCUACCACAAGAUCAAUGGGCAUUACGUGUUGCUCACCAUGCUCCUUGGCUGACCUACUGGUGGAACACUCAGAAACUGUUUCCUUCAUCAGGCGUCAUCUCCAGAAAGCGUGAAACUAUGUCUCGUCAGGAUAUAGAACUUGUAUCGACGUAUGGCGGUGGGCAUGAUCUGAAGAAAGAGGCAACACAACAAGGAGAAUUCGAAUCCCUGCAUCGAGACAUGAUGAUUGGUUUUGGGAAAUGGGAGUUUGAUCCCAUGGAUCUCGAGAAUCCUUUCCCCAACAAUGAAGGUUCGGUCCACUUAUGGCAAGGAGAUGAUGAUAAGAAGGUUCCCGUGAUUCUACAGCGGUAUAUUGCUCAGAAGCUUCCAUGGAUCCACUACCAUGAGUUACCAGGAGGAGGCCAUGUUCUGCAUUUUGUUCCAGGGUUGAUCGAAGGAGUUCUUAGGGCUCUGCUUCGUGGCGGGAAGUAGUAAGCUUUACUCCAUUUCUUCUCAGGGCGUCGAAGAAUUAUCCUUCACCUCUCUGUAAAGGCUUGAUUCACUAUGCCGAUUUGCAAGACCCACUUCGGAUGAGAGUAUCAACAUCUGUUUUGCUGAGAAGGAUCACUGAGUUGGUAUUGUCUCGUUUCAUGCGGAUUAAGGUCGAUGUACAAGCAGAACCGGCAGAGACCACUUGUUGGCAUGAUCUCUAGUUCUUGUGUUUGAUAGUUUGAUGCAAGAUUGUUCAAAAACGGUGAAAUUCAAAAUAGCUAAAUUAUGACGAAAGAUGGGAAUCUAAUUGUUGUUGUGUAGUGUCAAAAUAGUCGAGCGGAAUUUAUUAUGUAGUUAUUAUACGCUGACAUUGCUGAUUCAUUAAU